AUGAGCAAAGAGAACCACACGGGCAACUCGGGGUUCGUCCUUCUGGGCCUCUCUACCCAGCCAGAACAUCAGCAGCUCCUUGCUUUGCUCUUUCUCUCUAUGUACCUACUGACCCUUCUGGGGAAUCUGCUGACUGUCCUGCUGAUUCGUUCUGAUGCCCACCUCCUCCACACCCCCAUGUAUUUCUUCCUCAGCCACCUUUCUUUAGCAGAUGUGGGCUUUGCCUCUGCAACUCUCCCCAAGUUGCUCCAGAACCUUCUGUUUCAGGUCCAGACUAUCUCCUAUAGUGGGUGCUUGACCCAGAUGUAUUCCUACAUGGCAUUUGGCAACACAGACAGCUUCCUCUUGGCCUCUAUGGCCUAUGACCGCUAUGUGGCCAUUUGCCACCCUCUCCACUACACUGCCUUGAUGAGCCACAAGCGCUGCCUUCUCCUGGUAGCCAGUUGUUGGCUGCUGGCAUCUCUCCACUCUUUGCUGUACACAGUGAUGAUGUCUCGCCUCUCCUUCUGCUCCUCUCGGGAGAUCCCUCAGUUCUUCUGUGAGAUCUAUCCGCUGCUAGGACUCGCAUGCUCAGACACAAGCACUAUAGAGACUACAGCUCUCAUUGAGGGCUUUUUGGAUGUGCUGGGCCCCUUUGUCCUCAUUGUCAUUUCCUACGGGCACAUUUUCUACACAAUCCUCAAUGUGCCAUCUGCAAAUGGGAAGCGUAAGGCCUUCUCUACAUGUGGUUCUCACCUAGGCGUGGUAAUCCUCUUCUAUGGCACCCUCUGUUGGGUCUACUUGCAGCCUUCCUCAAGGAGCUCUGACCAGAAGAACAUUGUUGCUUCCCUCAUGUACACGGUGGUGACUCCCCUGCUGAACCCCUUCAUUUACACGCUCAGGAACAAUGACAUGAAGGCUGCCUUCCGAAGACUUGUCAGCAGGGUGAGAAGCUUUCAAGGAUACUAG